AUUACUGCACCAAUCGCCUCCUGGGGAUGGCACAUCCUAUUUGCAUAUGAAAUAGCAGACACAAGCACAGGGCACACAAAGAAACAUACACAGACUACAAACAAACAUGACCACAGUCUUAACAGGUCUUAUCAACUAAGGACACGUCUUUUUAAAGCCAUGGGGAUCUUUGAGCUUUUCCUCCAGUCCUCCAGUUAUGUCCUUCUGCUAGGGGCUUUAGUGGUCCUGCUACUCACCUACUUCAUAUCCUGCUUCAACUUUAACUCCCAGGAAAACAGGAAAGAGCCUCCAGGACCAAAGCCACUUCCUCUACUUGGUAACCUGCUGGACCUGAAGAAACCCCUCAGCGCAUUAACUGAGCUUUCAAAGAAAUAUGGAUCAGUGUUCACCAUCUAUUUGGGACCUAAGAAGGUGGUGGUCCUGGCAGGAUACAAGACGGUGAAGGAGGCACUUGUCAAUCAUGCUGAUGGGUUUGGAGGCAGAGAUGUUUUGCCAAUUAUGCAUGAAUUUAAUCAGGGGCAUGGUAUUACAUGGUCCAAUGGUGAUUCGUGGAAAGAGAUAAGACGCUUUGUUUUGACGAACCUGAGAGACUUUGGAAUGGGCAAGAAGGCAUGCGAGGACAAAAUCAUUGAGGAAUGUGAGCACCUCACUGAGGUGUUCAAGAAAUUUAAAGGAGAAGCUUUUGAUACGACCCAACCAAUAAGCUGUGCGGUCUCUAAUAUAAUCUGCUCCAUGGUCUAUGGCAACAGAUUUGAUUAUAGCGAUCCAGAGUUUACGUCGCUGGUAGAUCGCACAAGAAAACGCAUUCAGCUUCUGAACACUCCUUCAAUACAGGCGUAUAACCUGAUCCCGUGGUGCUGCAAGUGGAUCUCUAACAGGAAGGAAUUCCACAGAUUAGGUUGUGUCAAUAGGACACAGAACAUAAAGCUGUGCAAACAACUGAAGGAGACCCUCAAUCCAGAGAUGUGCAGAGGCUUUGUGGACGCCUUUCUGGUCCAAAAAUUAAAUCUGGAGGAAUCUGGAGUUCCCAACGCUUACUUUGACGAUGAAAAUCUUUUGAAGACAGUUAUGAAUCUUUUCGCUGCCGGCACUGAUACAACAGGAAUAACGCUGAGAUGGGCAUUUCUGUAUAUGGCCAAGUAUCCAAAAAUACAAGACCAGGUCCAGGAGGAAGUGAGCAGGGUGAUAGGAAGUCGCCAGGUGCAGGUCGAGGACAGGAAGAACCUGCCCUUCACUAACGCCGUCAUCCAUGAGACUCAGAGACUGGCCAACAUCGCCCCGAUUGCAGUGGGUCACAGAACCAACCAAGAUGUAACCUUCCAGGGUCACUUCAUUAAGAAGGGGACCACAGUGUAUCCUUUCUUGACGUCUGUCCUGUAUGAUGAGACUGAGUGGGAGAACCCAUACAGCUUUUAUCCCGCCCACUUCCUGGACAAAGACGGAAAGUUCGUCAAGCGAGAUGCCUUCAUGGCUUUCUCUGCAGGUCGCAGGGUGUGUCCAGGAGAAAGCCUGGCCAGGAUGGAGCUCUUCGUCUUCUUCAUCACGCUUCUGCAACACUUUCGUUUCAGUCCUCCACCUGGAGUUUCAGAGGAUGACCUGGAUCUGACUCCACGUACGGGCGUCGUCCUCACCCCCUUACCUCAUAAACUGUGUGCGGUCCCUCGGAUGUGAGGGACACUUGAAAUCAUUAUUGUAAUUUUUAUUUUUGUUGGUGCUUUACUUGGCUUGAAACUGUUUUUUUCUGUAUACAGA